UGUUGGUGGAUGGUGACGGAGCGCGUCUGCUUCCUCGUCCAGCAUCAGUGCCUCUGCUCCGGGGAGAGGAAGCUGGAGUGAGCGCUGCAGAGGACCGCGUAACACCCCGAGACAUAGUGGACACACCUCGCCCCCUCUGUGUGAAGGUUUGUCGGCCAUGAAGUUGUCAGGCAGUCGCCCCUCCAGAGUGGGAAGAAACCCCUUCAUCCACAAGCUGAGAUUCACCAUGACAGAGAAGAUCAAGAUCGGACUGAUGUCGGUCACAGUGUUUCCCGUGCGGCUGCUGCUGGUGUCCUUCUUCAUGCUGUUGGCGUGGCCCUUCGCCUUCACAGCCUCCCUGGGACGCUCUGAGUUUGUCAUGGAGCCUCAGCCAUGGUGGAGGAGGUUUAUAGAUCUUUGUUUACGAGUGAUCAUGCGAGCCAUGUGGUUUUGCGGAGGGUUCCACUGGAUCAAGGUAAAAGGGGAACGGGCAGCACCCUCCGAAGUUCCCAUCCUCACCGUGGCGCCGCACUCGUCCUACUUCGAUGCCAUCCCCGUCACCAUGACCAUGUGCUCCAUCGUCGCAAAACUGGAGAGCGGGAGCAUUCCCAUCUGGGGCACUCUGAUCAGCUACAUCAGGCCAGUGUUCGUGUUUCGGUCCGACCAGGACUCCAGGAAAAAAACUGUAGAGGAAAUUAAGCGGAGAGCACAGUCUGGAGGGGAGUGGCCUCAGAUCAUGAUAUUUCCAGAGGGGACGUGCACCAACAGGUCGGGUCUUAUCUUAUUCAAGGCUGGUGCUUUUAUUCCUGGACUCCCAGUGCAACCAGUGGUGCUGCGCUACCCAAACAAACUGGAUUCUGUGACAUGGACAUGGCAAGGUCCCGGAGCGUUCAAGAUCCUAUGGCUCACUCUGUGUCAGCCUCAUAAUCCUUUGGAGAUCGAGUAUUUGCCUAUUUACACUCCAUCAAACGAGGAGAAGGAAAACCCGGCCUUGUUUGCCAAUAAUGUCAGAAAGCUCAUGGCCAAGGCGCUGGAGCUGCCACUCACAGACCUGUCAUUCGAUGAUCGUGAGAUCAGCCUAUCCCAGGGCCCGCUGUGCAUUCAUGACUACAGCAGCCUACUGGAGUUUAACCAGCUGGUUUGUCGCUUGGGGCUGAGAGGACGAACCAGAGACAAGCUGCUAGAUGAGCAGCCUAAAAGAGCGAAGAAGCUGCAGGGGGAGCUGCUGAGUUUAGACGACUUUGCCCAGUUCCUCAACCUCCCAGUUACAGACGCACUCACAGAAGUCCACAGUUACUUUGACCAGGUGACUGAGUGA